CAUUAUUUGUAUACAUUUGAGAACUGUUUUUAUUACAUUCAAAAUACAAAGAUCAUAUUAUUAAAAAUUGAAUUAUUAUAAAAAUGGCAGGAGAAGUUGUAGUAGAUGCUUUACCAUACAUUGACCAAGGAUACGAUGAACCAGGAGUCAGAGAAGCGGCUUUGGCUAUGGUUGAAGAAGAAACAAGACGUUAUAGGCCAACAAAAAAUUAUUUAGAGCAUUUACCUCCUUUAAAUAUCAAUGGUUUUGAAACAGAAGUUAUGAAGCAUGAAUUUGAAAGGAUGCAAAAUCGGUUACCUAUGGAUGUUUUGAGUAUGAAACGUUAUGAAUUACCUCCUCCACCUCCUGGAAAAAUGAAUGAUCUUGCUGCGUGGAAUGAAAGCGUUGAAAAUAGUUGUGCACAAUUAGAACAUCAAGCUACUCGAAUCUGUAACUUAGAAUUAAUGAUGGACUAUGGAUGUGAAGCUUGGAAAUCUUAUUUAGAAAUCAUUGCUCAAUUAGUAAAUCAAGCACAAAAACAAAUUCAGGCUCUUCGUAAACAAAUACAAGAAGUUAAUUGGCAGCGAAAGUCAAUGCAAACCCAGGGAGGAGAGAAACUUCGUGUUUUGGAAGCACAGUGGGUUGGUUUAGUAUCAAAAAAUUAUGAAAUCGAACAAGCUUGUGUACAUUUGGAAGAAGAAAUACAUCGAAUAAAGAUGUCAAAAGGUGAAUCUGUAGAAAUAAAUGAUGUACCGAGUGAAGAACAAGAACCUGAAAUUCCACCAACCAGUGCAACUGAUACUAUGGCGAUGGAACUUGAUAGACACGAAGAAAAUCCUGAACAAGUUAAUGAAUAAUUAUUUAUAAUAUUGUAUUACGAAUUAGAAAUUAAAAUUACCACUGAUUAGCAACAAAAA